UCGUUUUUGGACAGAAUAAACAAAUCCGUGGAGCAAAGUGACUCCGAGGAAACUCAAUUAGAAAAUAACAACAAGGAUCAGGUUGAGAGUGACUUCUAAAAGUUUAAAUCUUUAGAAAGUUUUAAUUCGAUAAUCAGAGUAAGAAAGAAAAUCCUAAAAAAAAAUGUCUUCCCGCGGAGAGCGUUCGGACGAAGAGGACGUUUUGGAACUGAUCGGUGUCAACGAAAACCUGGAGAGCAAUCAUGGAAGUGGAGACGAGCUUCAGCCGAACGAUCAAGUUGAAGGAUUUCAAGCCCAAAACUCAGAGGAUAACGACCCCGGAAAUGCUGGAACUGCUGGGCAAAAGGUGACUCCGAAAGGUCCUAAACGUACCAAAAGCAACGUGCCAAGAUUGACAACCGAGCGUUUGCGUGGACCAAAAGGAGUGCACACAAUUGAAAAGUAUUUCGAAGGCUUCAAAUUCCACGGAAAAGGUCACGAGAAAGAAGACCUCGAUCGGAUCAUGAAACGUCUCGAGCACUGGACACACAGAUUAUUUCCAAAACUCAACUUUGACGAUUGUCUCGAGAAAAUUGAAAAUUUGGGCCAGAAAAAGGAACUGCAGGUAUUUUUGAAAAAGUACAGAACCGACAUGAUUACAGCCGACGAGGAUUUAGUGAGACCGGAACUCAUCGACGACGACGACGAUGAUCGGCCAGAGGAUUCGGCGCCUCAGGAAGAAUUCGAUUUGCUGCUUGCCGAGCAAAUCAACAAACAAAGACAGAAGGACACAGUCGCAGAUUCGAGCGCUUUCGAUGAGCUACUCGCUUCUACAAAUUCUCAGAAUCAAAAUCAAAGUCAGAAUCGUACCCCGAGGAAGGAAACGUCAUCGGGAUUGAGUGAUGAAAUUAAAGAGAGAAUCGAGAGAAAUCGGAAGCUCGCAAUGGAGAGAAAACUCGCGACAAUGAAGAAAUUGCAAGAAUUGAAAAUGCAGAAAACUGGCGAUGAUCAAAAUGCUUCUAAAAAUGAUGAGUCGGAAAAUAAUUCGGCUCAAAGGCCCUCUGACGGAGGACUGAUUCCUGAUAGUGAAAAUAAUUUGGAAAGAAUCGACGAUGCUGAACCAAUAGUGCCUCAUGUCGAUGAGAAUAAGAAUUUGUCACAGAGCGAUUCUACGGAAAAAGUUAAUGAUUCCAAAUCAGAUUUGAUUUCUUCUGAGCAAAAUUCUGAAAGAAUGGAAGAAGAUGUUCCAGAUUCUUCUGAAAAUCAAGAGCCUGGCUCAGAAAAUAAAAAUCUCGAAAGUGUGGAGCCGAUGGAAGAUGUAUCAAGUUUGAUGAGUGGAUAGGCUGUAAAUUGAGUUUAAAGAAAUGACUUUUGUUGAGGAUUAUCAAAAAUAAUUUCAUAAUUUAAGAAAAAAAUUGACUAAAUAAAUAAUUGGUAAAGUAUCUUAAAAAUUGAUUCUUUCUAAUAAUAUAAUAAAUAAUGUU